CCUUCACUUGGCAUAUCCCUCCAACUCGCUCGGAGCGUUGGCUGACUGAACGACGCUGUGAUCUCCCUACACAUAGCUUAUCCUCCAUCCACCGUGGAUAUACUCUCGUCGGGUCGCAUCUCUUCAGCUCCGUUAAAGGUCUAUCCGCACUUUCUCUGUCAUUAAAUUAUUUUUUGAAGUCUGAGAAAGGGAUAGAAAUAUUAUGUUAGUGAGCGUUGUUUUAGCAAGACUGUUAAUUCUUGAUUCGCAACCCUAGACGGUAUCUCUGACGCGAGAACGGUAAUCUGUCGCUUCAUUAAAAAGAAAUUACCGCAAACCUGUCGUCGCGGACAUGAGCAAAAUACGCCUUCUUGUGUGUUAAUAAAUUAUGCGUUUUGAUAUUUUCAGCACAGGUAACUUUUGCGGUGUGCUGGCGCUAUUUCGUGCCAUGCAAAACAAGAGAUGAUUCCUUGUGCACCCUGUCGGUAUCGUAUCCCACACUUACUCUCUGGAGAACUUUGGUCCUUUACCGGGGUCUGGAUACCCAUCCUUACGCACCGUAUCUCCAAAAAGUGGACCAAACUUUAGAAUAUAAUAGAACACAGGGAUUUUUUCUUUCUUUUUCCUUUUCCUUUUUUCAGUGAGACGUAUGUCGUUGCGAUAUCUUCCAUGCCACCGACCAUCGUGAUAAAUGGACAAGAAUGUGGCAGACACCAUUUGUGGGGAAACUCAAUAGAGAAUCCGCUGGCAAACCGGGAGGACUGGAUUAAGUUCUUAAAAAUAUACGAGUCGUAUGCAACCCACGCGUCUUUUUCUGUGAGGUGGGUUUUGAGAAGAGCGAAGGAGGGAUGUUGGUCCGAAACAAAUUUCCGUUCAUCUUCGGGUUUUGGCACUUCGUGUUCAGCCAGUUCUUUUUGACAUCAUUUCCUCUUCUAUUUCAGCUUGCUCUGGGAGAGCCACAGAGGUCAUGCUCUCGGACUGUAACGGACACAGUGGGCACCAAGUGCCAGCUGGCGUGCCAGUGUAGGCACUACCCUCCUCUGCCACCCCCACCCCCGCCACCUCCGCCCCCCAGAAUCAUCUUCCCUGUGCCUCCCCCCGUGGAGCCCACAAGGAAGCCCUGGUGGGAUGAGAUGUGGCUGGUGCUCGGGACCGCCAGCUGUGCCUCUGUUGUCUUCCUUCUCCUCACCGCCAUCGUCUGCUACAAGGCCAUAAAGAGGAAACCACUACGGAAGGAGGAGAAUGGUACGAGCCGAGGGGAGUAUGCCAUGAGCUCCCGGACCAAGACCACAACGGUAGAGACCAACAGCACUGGGGUAUAGGGGCUGCCCCAGACAUGAUCACACCUGGCAAUCCUCUUCAACGUUACUACAGCCACACUCCCUCUCCUUGCUCUUGACAAGGUCACGGAAUGGCAGAGACAAUGACACUGGAAUUUCUUCGGCACUCAAGCCAUGCCUAGAUGCCUAGAGAGAACCAGAGAAUUGUAUAUUUAUUAAUAUAUAUAAAUAUAUAUAUAUGAAUAUAAAAUAGAGCUUAAAGGAAACAGGGGACUUAGACUUUGACAUGCUGGACUAGGCCCCGUUGCGGGACAUCACCUCAAGUUGGCGGGGGGUAGGGGAUGGGGGGGUGUACUGGAUGACAGCUGCCAGCGCAUGGGGCAAAGCUGUCAGUCCGAAUGGCACCUCAGAGAUCCCCCCCCUAACCCUUCCACUCCAGCCGGUGGAGAGUGGCAGCAAAAUAAACGCUGGCGACAAAACAAACGCAUGCACUUUCUAUUAAAUGCAACAACUUCUCAUGGAUCCUACCCUUCUCUUUCUCUCUCGCUCUCUCUCUCUCUCCUUCUCUUUCUCUCUCUCUCUCUCUUUCUCACCCUGUCUCUGCCUCUCUUUGUCUCUCUCUUUACUGUCCUUCUUGUCCAAGGAAAGGAUGGGGGUGGGCAGGAGAUGCUCCUCCACCUUUUGUAAAUUUCCAGGCUCCCGAAAGAGGAAGGGGAUGCAUCAAGCCAUUGUUAUCUGUGGGUGUAUUUUUGACGCACGCUGAUUUAAAAGUCAUCACCACCCAUGGAAUGAGAAUGAUCCAUGUAUGCCAAAUAUAGAACCUUUUUUUUUUUUUUUUUAAAUAACUACAGCUGGAAGAAACAAUGAAUUGUCAAAGAGUGUGGGUUGACUGACUAUGCAAUUUGAAAAGGGAGUGUGACAAGAGAGCUAGACAUGUAUUUUAGUAACUAGCAGACCAGGCUAGCCUCUGAUGUCUGGUCACUGGUUUUGCCCUCAGCUGUGAGACUGAACAGUUAUAUUAGCACUGCUCAGUCUUGGUUUCUUCUUAAGUGCUUCAUAAUGUGUCUAUCACUGGCUGAUUCAUGAUUAAUCCAGUACUGGCUCUGCAUUAGCCUGUAUCAUGUUGGCAGGAGUAACCUCUGAAUUCUUGUCCUCAGCCUACGAAUUGCUAAUAUACACGUAACUUAAGACUGUUAUCUUUGUUUAUUGACUAGAUGUUUCAAAGGUUUAAAUUUACUUCUGAUCCCAAUUUCAAAAGGUCACUUUCUUUGUUUGCUUUGCACCCAGAAAUGGGAAAUGUUAGUUAGUCCUCUCAACAGUCAUCAAGCGUUGGUGACUCCCAUAAUCCAGAAGUGUACUAUUCAGAAACCGUCUCAACAUGUCAACUCCCUGUUUGAGCUAGAUAUGCUAAUGCUAUUAGCAGCUAUAUCUGUGUCACAGAGAGGAGUACUGAUCUCAAGCUUUCAUGUAUUAGCUGACUUUGUUUUGAUUUCCUGUAGAGUAUUUGCUCAGUCAAUCCUCUGCUAUUUUGUUUUCUGUAAUCACUUUCUUGCUGGCAUCUUGAAUGGUAGUCCAUCACAGAGGAAGUCACAUUUAAAA